UUAGAGAAAACUCACUCACCUUUCCUUGGAACUUCUAAGGCCGUGAGAAUAAGAAUUCUUGACUGCUCUGGUAGAAAAGUGAAAUACUCUUCAUCAUCUAUCUCAGUCAUGUCUUCUUCUAAAAAUACUUUUAUUCCAAUAGGGGUGUCAAUCCCAAAUAACUCGCACGAUUUGGACUUCAAUUCAGAUAGGCUCGUUGCUACUAUACCUUUAAAAAGUUUGUCUAACCUGCCAACUUUAAAAGGUUUUCUAGGCAGCCUUACGAAACCUGUCUCUGUAAACUCUGCUGCCAUUUUCUGUCACGACCAAGAAACAAGAACCACUUAUUUUUUGGAUCUAAACAGGAACCCAAGUCAAGUAACCGAAGUCAAUUCACUUUUAACUUUUGCUUUCUCCUGGUCUCUUUUGCAUUAUGGAACACCAAGAGGAGGCAAUCUAACCUUAAACAUUAAUGGCGACCAGAAGCAUUGUUCCUCUAGCAAGACUUAGCAACGUUGCCCGUGAAAAACUUCAUUUAAUCCUCUCUGGGAAAGAAAUAAGACAGUCAGCGGAAAGUAGAAGUGAGGGCCAAGAAUGUCGAGGGUUCUCUGAAGUACUUCGAAGUGGAUAUGCAUAUGGAAAUUUUGAAAGUAGAAAAAACUCAGAAAAGAAUCCUGUGAUUGUAAAGCGUGGAAACAACUCGUCUGAGACAAUUUCAGUUAAUGAAGGAUUCAAGCGUUACAAAAGUGACAGCAAGGUAUCUUGUAAGAAAUUAGAUAAGAAUUUAAGUUUCGGAACGGCAUCUUCUGGUAUGUUAGAAGACGGAGGAGAAAAGAUUGAGAAACAGCGCCUAGAAAAAAAUUCCUCCAAGUCAAAAAAACGAAGGAUUAGAGUAUUUAGACGUUUCAUGAGAUCUGCGGCAUGUUAUGAAGAAAAUGAAGGAAAUUUUUCAAAGAGUUUGAGCUCAACAUCAUUAAACAGACAUGAUCAAGUAGCUAUAGAAUCUUGUGGACCCUCAACAAGCCUUGAAAAUAAGUCAGAGCUGACUUUGGAUCAGCAGCAAAUUGCAUCAAAAAUAGCAAAUAGGGUAGAUACUGAUAAUUCUUUUGAAAAAAUUCCUCUGGAUGAUGUUGGUGAAAACAUUUCAUGGAAGACAUGCUUAAGAUUUAAAGGGGAAAAACAUGGCACCCAUUUUAAAUGGAAAGAUUGCACCAGCAUGGCAGCUGAAGAUUCCAAAAAUUCAAAACUAGCAGAUCAGCAAAUCACAAAUCAGUUUGCUUCAAUAAAAGGGUCAAAAGAAAGGUCAUUUAAAGUGUGUUUUGAUUCUCUUGAACAAGAUUGCAUUUUUGAAGAAAAAGAGAUUUUAGAACCAGAAAUUAAGGUGGAUAAGAGAACGAAAAUCUUAAGUGAAUCAGAUGAAGACUAUAAUCUUGAUAUUCUCUUUGAUGAUUCAGUAUGUAGUAAACAACCAACCAUAUUGAAAUGUAAGCAGAGGGGCGGUUCUACAAAGAGACAAAAACAAAAAUCAGAAAAGAAAGAUAAAGUGAAGGGUUCCUUACAGGCUACAGAUAAUGAGAAUCCAAAUGAAAUGGUUGAAAGGGAUACAAAGUUAACACAGAAUGACAAAAACAGGAAGGACUUUCCAAACUAUUUUCUAGCUAUAAAAGUGGAUGACUCGUAUAUUGCUGAUAAUGUGAACAAAGUGCAAGAAAGUGUCGUCAAUGAAGAACCAGCAUUCAGGCAUGUUCUUAUUCCUAUUCCCACAUUACAUCUUACAUUGUUUGUGAUGAAGUUAGAUGAUGAGUCAGAAGUGUUAAAGGCAAAAGAAGCUCUAUGCCACAGUGAAUUGGAUGUUCAAAAUUGCUUUGCUAACAGCACGAAAGAACUGACUUUCAAUGGUGUCAGGACAUUCAGAAACAAAGUUGUAUAUGUUGGGAUUGACAAAGAUACCCAAAGUGAUGCUUUGAGUUGCCUUAGAAAAGCUGUAGAUGUACUGGUAGACUCUUUUUGCUCUCAUGGCAUUAAUUUGGCAAAAAAUACCAAAGAUCAGUUUGUUCCUCAUGUUACUGUCAUUAAAUUGAGUAAAAACAUAAAGAAGAUGAAAAAGAAAGGAAUAAAGCGUGUCGAUGACAGAUUUUUAAAGGAUUUUCUGGAUUUAGAAUUUGGCAAACAAAAAUUUUCAGAGGUACUUCUUUGUUCUAUGGUUGAUAAGAAAGGAGAAGAUGGUUUUUAUAAAAUCAUAGACAGGAUUUCAUUGGGACAAAAUAAUGAGGGGAAUUAAAUAUACAAAGACUGUGAUGAGAAUAAUGUUUAAAAGAAGCAUAGAAGAUUUAUUGCACUAACAGUCUUUUUAUUAUAACAAUAAUGAUUUAUGAUAAACUGAAUUGCUAAACUCAUUUUGCUAUAAUUCGGCUUAUUAAAAGUCAGGAAUCAGCAUUGAUUGCAGCUUUUUUCAAUUGUUAGAAUCUACAAGAUACAGUGUUCUCAGAAACUUUGUCCAACUGAAAUUUUCGAAAAUCAGGAUUUUUUCAUCUGGUGCCUUUAUUCAGCUUGGAAAACAAUUUUCUAAAACAUUGUAGCUUUAAGGGUUUGUGAUAGAUAUUCAUGAUGAAAUUUAUAUCUUUUCCUUCAUCCUCCCUGGCUUUUGAAGCAAAAGAAGAAACUUCUCUUUAAUUUUAUUUUUGUGCCUGGUGAACCAUCCCUGGGUUACAUUUAACUUCGUUUUCACCUUAGGACUCCAUUGGUAACACUCUCAAUAGGCAAGCGGCACUGAUUGGUCAACCUAUACAGUCAUGUGCUCGUGUUUUCUGAUUGGCCUAUUUCAAUCCACAACUGGGUUUUAUAUAUUUCCUAGCGUAGAGUUUUCGAUCUAUGUUCUGACGUUUUAAACUCUGAAGAGUGUCAGACGAAAAGCUUUAGUUUACUAAAUGUUUGCUUUUUUCAAAGCCAUUUAUAAUUUAAUAUUAAUAUCCACAAAAGGUUACAACUAUAUUAUAUAAGACACACUUCAUACAAUAAACUAGGAUACACUACUACUGAAAAUGGUAACCCAGAGAGCAAAAGACUGCUGAAGUCAAUCUUAGAUUUCUAACUUUGGAGAGGAGCUAUAAUACAAAUUGUAGGGCAAAAAUUGCCCCCUUAGAAAAAGGUGACAAAUUUAUCUGCAAAUGAGUCACGAGGUUACGUUCCCACGUCUUCUAGGACAAGUCGGUCGGUUGGUGCAUCGGAGAAAUUCGCUCAACCUACCAUAAAUCCUCAAAGAAAGAAGUUACUUAAAGCUGCUUGCUUAAAAUCCCCAAAUGCAAUUGACACUGAGAAUAUACAAGAGAAUAUAAGGCGAUGGACCUGUCAUACCUAAAAACAUAAAAAAGUCAAAUAGCAUUAAAGAUGCCUAUGAGAAGCUUUCACGUUGCCAGAGAAGGAAACAAACUGUAAGGGUUAUAUAGAAAAAACAAAUUUGCAUAUAAAAAACAAAACGAGGAUGGAUGGGUUGGGAAAAAACGAACAGUACUCGUUCAACGAGGCUUCACAUCUUGAACUAGUAUUAUAUAACAAAAUUAAAAUCGAGGCUAAUACACUAUUCCUCUCCUCUUCGAAAUGAAACAUUCAACAGUUACUCUAAGGUCCUUAAUAGAAGGGAGGUCUUGAGAGUUGGGGGGUCAGAAAUUUUUUAAAAAAUGAAUAAGCGGGGGGUCCUAGUAAGUGGGGGGGGUCCUGAAUACAUGCAUCACAAUCGUGAUUUUAUCCACCGCAUGCUAAUACUGUUAAUCCAGUUUACGUGCAUAAAAAUUCAGUUUUGGUGGCAUUGCAGUAAAGACCUACCGUGUUGGCUGCUAUUCAAGGCAUUUGAUGGCACCUUUGACGAACUCUGCAAUAAGGGCGAGGUCAUCUGCAAAAUCUAAAUCAGUGAGGUUUUCAGCUUGAUGGCGCUGGCUUUGGGGUAUCUUGAUUUGACGUCCCUUUCCCGCUAUCUUGUCGAGAGUAAAUCUGUAGCACAUACUCUAGGACGAUGAUGAACAAGAAACGAGCAAGUGUGUCACCUUGCAGUACACCAAUUUUUAAUGUAAUUCUGAACAAUCCCUUAAGAGUAUUGAUGGUUAACCCAUUUUUAGCAUCUUUCUCAAGCUCUAACUCUCGAUAAGCAUUGAUCCAACUUGCUAAAAUAAACACCUCCAGAAAGUGCUCAAUGUUAGAGUACUGAUCAACACUGGAUUCACAGAAACUUUGUAGUCCCCAUAAAUUCUGACCCUACCAUCAGUUUUCGAAACCACAGCCAUUGAAGAAGCCCAUUCACUGUGCUUCACUGGUGUCAUUAUACCAUCUUUGGUUAAGCGAUAAAAUCCCUUCUCCACAACUUCCUUCAAAGAGAAUGGAACAGGGCUUGCCUUCUUAAAAACAGGCUUAGCGUUUUGAAGCAAAUCUGCCUUAAACCCCUUUAUCAUGCUGGUGACCGCUGGAGAUCGUGCAUUUACAGGCGCAUCUCCUCUUCUCUGGAACAGACUGCCAUACACGUUGCGAGCAGUGGAUUCUUUUGACACUUUUAAGAGAAGACUGAAGACGUAUUUUUUUCAAGAAUAUUUUAAUUAGAUUUUAUUUAUUUUACAAACAAUUUUUUAGCGUUGUUUGUAAUGCUGUAUAUUAUAUCACUUUGUUAGUUUUACGAACAUUAUGUAAUCUGCCUUUAAGCCGCGUGGAUAAAUGGAGCAAUAUAAAUGCCUUUAUUAUUUAUCAUCAUUAUUAUUAUUAACCAGCUU